AUGCCGAGCAAUCAUAGCUCUCUUUUAUGGGACAAAUGUUCCAUGUAUUUCACGCUCAAGAAUUUAUACAAAUUACCAACCGCUGUCAGUAAUCAACCAACAGAAACAACCAAUGGCCAACAUCCACCAACCACUCUAAAACAAUCACCUCAACACAAUCUCGAUACAUCAAAAAACAACAAAAACAAUCGAAAAUCACAUCUCAUUCAAGAUUUUAACUUUCCAAAAUCAUUCCAGGAACAAGUCGUAUUGACAUCAUCAUCACCCGAAAAGCGAAAAUCAUGGUUCAAACGAGAAGGAGGAGGAAAUUCAGAAAAUUCUUCGCUGAGUGUGACAGUGAAUGAAAGUGUUCACACUCCUUCUUCAAGCACUCAUUCGAAAUCACUCAUUCAUACAAGACAAACAUUUAAGCCAUCUUCGUCACCAUUAAGACGAACAGAACCAGCAACAGAAAUGGAGAAUAAGAGACGAUCGAUUUUUGGAAAAUUGUUUUGGAAUAAUGGAUCUUCCUCAUCGGAGUCAUUAUCGACGAGGAGAAGUGUUUCAUCUCAUGGAUCGCUAAACAUUUCUGCCAACUCGGUGACAAGUUCGAUCUCAAAAACUUCAAAAUCGAGUCGCCUUACCAAUGAACCCUUAUCGAUAGAAUCAUCCAAAAAGACAAAAUAUACAAAAGCUAAACUCCUAAUUCUGAUAUUUAUUCGAGGGAGUUGGUGUGAAGAAUGUGUGAAUUAUUUACAACAGCUUGACAAAAUUGUAUAUGAAAAAUUAACACAAGAAUUUAGAGGAAAUAUUGCUGCUGUUGUUUCUCAAACACCACAACAAGCUAGUGAUCUUAAAAAACAACUCAAUCUAAGAUUUGAAGUCGUGAGUGACGAAAAGAUGAUUCUAGCAGAAAAAUAUGGAAUGAAUUGCAUUUUAAAAGGUUCUAUUGUUUAUAAAAAGAUGGAAGCCAUGUAUAAAUCUAGAUACAUGACAAAAACUGGAAGAAAUAUUUCAGAUUACAUGUUUGAAAUUGUAGAGUUUAUUGACAAAAAAAAGAAGAGUGGAACAAAGAAAAGCAACAGAUUGGAUCCAUCAGAGAAUAAUCGAUUAUCAAAAAGUCGUUCAUCUGGUAAGAAGCUUCGACAAGAUAAUAAUGCUGUCAUUUCUGAUUUGAGUGAUGUCACAUUUGUGAUCAGUGAUGAUGACAAUGACGACGAAGAGAAUAUGACGAAUAGAAGUGGCAAUGGACGAAGAGUACAAAGUGCCAAACCUCAAACUCGAAACAUUGAAAUUGAUGAACAAACAAUUAUUGAAUUUUUUGAAUCUAAAUGGCGAGAAUUAUUUAAUGAAGAUAACAAAUUCAACACUGGUUUCACACAACCAGGAGCAAUUAUUCUUAAUCACAAAAAGAAGGAAAUUUAUUCAUGGAAAGAUGGUUAUUCUCUCACUCAACAACAAGAACACAUUCAACAGCUCAUCAUGCAACAAGAAUUAUUGAAACAACAAGAAGAGCAAAAGAAAAAGGAAAUUGACAAUUUCUUACUCGAAUGGGAUUUCAAUCAAUGGUUGACAGAAACUCCUCUCAAUGUUUCAGCUUUUGAUGGAAAUGAUCAUUCCUCAUCAGUACUGACAGCAUCAAAUGACAAUCAUGGACUCUCAGAUGAUCUUAAGAAGGCCUAUCGAAAAACCAUUUCCAUUGCUUUUCAUUCAAACUCGUCACCCAAGAAAUCCUCACCCUCACCUCACAUGAAACAUCUUCAAAAAGUUUCAGAAUCCUUUGCAGGAACAUUUUCUCCAAAAACUUCACUCAGCAAAUCCCCUCCGCCGACAUCUCAAAGCCCACUUUCUCCCCAAUCGAAUAAUAAUCGAGAUAGUCUUAGCAUGAACGAUGAUAUUCUGUCACAAUUUACUUCUGGAUCAAUAUUUGAUAGUGUCAAUGUUGCUCAGGCCUCCAAACAACUAGUGAUCGAAGAAGGAAAUGAACAAAAACUUUCAACUUCUCAAUCUCGACUCUCGAAGCGAAGACCAAGCUCUGAUCCACUCAAAUCAUUUGUGAAAGAAGAACUUGAGAAGCAAGAGAAGCAGUACAACAUGAAACAGAUACGAAAGAAUGCAGGACAUUUGAGUAUUAAUUUUUCUAGUACGAAUGGAAGGAGUAGUAAUUUACUGAUCGAUCGCUCAUUCGUUAAGGAAAGAAUUCCUCCCAAACAUUUGCUCACCAUUGCAGAGUACUAUGCAUCGCUCGAGUCAAAUCAAAACUAA